AUCUCCAGCCGGAGGUAUCCGCCAGUAUAUCUUACCAGGGAUGUGACUGGACACUCGUUCCUUCAGCGCUUUGCUACUGGGCAAUCCAACAUGGCCAGGAACUGCUCCGAGUGCAAAGACAAGAGGGCGGCCCACAUCCUCUGCACCUACUGUAACCGCUGGCUGUGCAGCUCCUGCACAGAGGAGCACCGGCACGUUCCUGCCCCGGGGGGCCCACUCUUUGCCCGGGCCCAGAAGGGAUCUUCAGGGGUGAGUGGAGGCUCUGGGGACUUCGCCUUGUACUGUCCUCUGCACGCUCAGGAAGUGCUCAAGCUGUACUGCGAGACCUGUGACGUGCUCACCUGCCACAGCUGCUUGAUGGUGGAACACAAGGAACACAGGUGCAGACACGUCGAAGAAGUUCUGCAGAACCAGAGGAUGCUUCUGGAGAGUGUGACGACGCAGGUGGCACACAAGAAAUCCAGCCUCCAGACAUCUGCAAAGCAAAUUGAGGACAGGAUUUUCGAAGUGAAGCACCAGCACAGGAAGGUGGAAAACCAGAUCAAAAUGGCCAAGAUGGUCCUGAUGAACGAGCUCAACAAACAGGCCAACGGACUCAUAGAGGAGCUGGAGGGCAUCACUAACGAGAGGAAGCGGAAGCUGGAGCAGCAGCUACAGAGCAUCAUGGUUCUCAACCGGCAGUUCGAGCACGUGCAGAAUUUCAUCAAUUGGGCUGUCUGCAGCAAAACCAGUGUCCCUUUCCUUUUCAGCAAAGAGCUGAUUGUGUUUCAGAUGCAGCGGUUACUGGAGACAAGUUGUAACACGGACCCUGGCUCUCCUUGGAGUAUCCGGUUCACUUGGGAGCCCAACUUCUGGACCAAGCAGCUAGCUUCCCUUGGCUGCAUCACCACCGAAGGCGGACAACUGUCUCGAGUGGACACUGCGGCGUAUGGAGGCUUACAGGGGCCGUCGUCCUUUUAUCAAAGCCACCAGUCCGCGGCGGCUCAGCAAGAGGCCCUCAGCCACCCCUCGCACAAGUUCCAGGCUCCGGCCCUGUGCUCGUCCUCCGUCUGCUGCUCCCACUGCGCUCCAGCCUCACCUUCCCUCAAGGGCCAGGUCCCCCCACCCAGCAUUCACCCAGCGCACGGUUUUCGGCAGCCCUCUGAGAUGGUGCCUCACCAGCUGGGCGCGCUGCAGUGCCCCACCCUGCUGCCCAGGGAGAAGGAGUUGACCUGCAGCCCCCACCCUCCAAAGCUAAUGCAGCCCUGGCUGGAAACCCCGGCCCCGCCGGAGCCCGAGAGCUCCUCCCAGCGGCCCGCGCAGCCGCUGACUUCUUCCCAGCCCGUGUGCGUGGUCCCCCCGCAGGACGUUCAGCCGGGAGCCCACGCCCAGCCCGCCUUACAGACACCCUCCAUCCAAGUCCAGUUCGGGCACCACCAGAAGCUGAAGCUCAGUCACUUCCAGCAGCCGCCCCAGCAGCAGCUGCCCCCGCCGCCCCCGCCGCCCCCGGCGCCCCAGCAGCCGCCGCCCCCUCCCCCGCCUCCGCCCCAGCAUCUGGCUUCCAGCCAGCACGAGAGCCCCCCCGGGCCCCCCUGCUCCCAGAACGUGGACAUAAUGCAGCACAAGUUUGAGCUGGAGGAGAUGCAGAAGGACUUGGAGCUGCUGCUGCAGGCCCAGCAGCCCAGCCUGCAGCUCAGUCAGACCAAAUCCCCUCAGCAUCUUCAGCAGACCAUUGUGGGGCAGAUCAACUACAUCGUGAGGCAGCCGGCGCCGCCCGUCCAGUCCCAGAGUCAGGAGGACACCCUGCAGGUCACAGAGGAAACAACAGUGUCUGAGGGCCCAAAACCAGCUCUCCCCCUUGACAAGAAUACCAAUGCCUUGUUGCCUCAGACGCCUGCGGAAGAAACUCCACAUAGCGCCCCUCCAGUGGACAGCGUCGGCCAGCACUGCUCUCCAAAUGUGAUGAGAAAGCACGCCACCUCCGUGAGCAUCAUGGGCUUUUCCAACACUUUGGAGAUGGAGUUGUCAUCCACCAGGCCGGCUAAGACCCUAGAGCCACAGCUGCACAGUGGGGGCGGCCUGACAGCCGGCGCCUCCCACACAGCCCCGAGCCUGCGGAGUGGCCCUCCACCCACCGCGUCCAGCUUGACAGGCGUUCAAAACCACGCCGUGCCCAGCCUGGCAAGCACUCACCUACAGCCCGUGCCAAGCCUCGUGCGUAGCACAUUCCAGCCCAUGCCCAACCUGUUGAGUGAUUCCUCCCAGUCCAUCACAAGCCUGGCAAGUGACCACACGCAGGCUGGGCCUAGCCUGCUGUCUGGGCACCCCCAGGCUGUGCCGAGUCUGGCCACUUGUCCUCUGCAGAGCGUGCCUCCGGCUUCUGACAUACACUUGGAGACUACAUCCGCUUCCAGUCCUGGCUGCAGCCGAGCUGUUGAGAGUCUGGGCCCCAGGGAUGGGGCUGAUCCCUCCCUGGGGAAUGCCCUGUGCAAGAUGGAAAGUGAGGAUGGCCUUCGCCCUGCUGACUCAGCGGGACAAGGCCCCAAAGCCCCUCGCCUCGAUUCUCCUAAGGACUUGGCCGUCCCUUCAGAACUGGAGGAGCCGAUUAACCUCUCUGUGAAGAAACCUUCAGUGGAACCCGUGAUCAACACCUCCACAGCUCUGCAGCAGUACCAGAAGCCACAAGAGCAUGAGAAUUUUGAACAAGGAGCCCUAGAGCUGGAUACAAAGGAGAACCCAAGCGUCAGGGCCUUCAAUAGUGAACCCAAGAUUCCCUACGUGAGACUGGAGCGACUGAAGAUCUGUGCUGCCUCGUCGGGAGAGAUGCCCGUGUUCAAGCUGAAACCUCAGAAAAAUGACCAAGAUGGGAGCUUCCUGCUGGUGAUCGAGUGUGGCUCCGAGUCCUCCAGCAUGUCCAUCAAGGUCAGCCAGAACAGCCUGCCAAAUGCCACCCAAGGCCUAGGUCUCGGAGGAAGAAAGGUCACUGUCACGUCUCUGGCUGGGCAGCGGCCACCGGAAGUGGAGAACACAUCUCUUGAAGAGCACAGGCUCAUCCCUCGAACCCCUGGAGUCAAGAAGUGCCCGCCAGCACCAAUAGAGAAUGAGGACUUCUGUGCAGUGUGUCUCAAUGGGGGAGAGCUGCUGUGCUGUGACCGCUGCCCCAAAGUAUACCACCUUUCCUGCCACGUGCCAGCCUUGCUCAGCUUCCCAGGGGGAGAGUGGGUAUGUACCUUAUGCCGCAGCCUGAUGCAUCCCGAGAUGGAAUAUGACUGUGAGAAUGCCCGUUACUGCCAGCCUGGGAUGCGAGCCCCUCCUGGCCUGAACGCAUAUGACCAGAAGAAGUGUGAGAAGCUGGUCCUGUCCUUGUGCUGCAACAGCCUCAGCCUGCCCUUCCACGAGCCGGUCAGCCCGCUGGCCAGGCAUUAUUACCAGAUUAUCAAGAGGCCCAUGGACCUGUCGAUCAUCCGGAGGAAGCUACAAAAGAGGGACCCGGCUCACUACACCGCUCCGGAGGAAGUGGUGUCCGAUGUGCGCCUCAUGUUUUGGAACUGUGCUAAGUUCAAUUACCCUGACUCGGAGGUCGCGGAGGCUGGGCGCUGCCUGGAAGUGUUCUUUGAGGGCUGGUUGAAGGAGAUCUACCCAGAGAAGCACUUUGCCCUGCCCCAGCAAGAGGACUCAGACUCCGAGGAGGUGUCCUGUGAGAGCGGCUGCUCCACUGCCCAAGGUUUCCCAUGGCCCUCCUACAUGCAGGAGGGCAUCCAGCCAAAGAGGCGGAGGCGACAUAUGGAGAACGAAAAGGCAAAAAGAAUGUCAUUUCGCCUGGCCAACAGCAUCUCACAGGUGUGAGAGCUCGAAGGAGACGGGCACUCUGGCGGCUGGUGUCCCGUCCUCGUAACCGCCCCCCCACCCCCCAGCUUAUUCUCUUCAGAGUGUGGAUGUGAGAUGAGUCUCGUGGAGCCUGUUGUGCUCCUCCUCACCAUUUGCAUCUAUAGCGUUUAUUUGGGAGCCACGGCGCAUCCACUGCUGAGAUGAUUUCAGUAAUAAAUAGGAAAGAGGGAGGCGUUCCUCGAUGCCAGAGUGAUCAGACAGGGUCCUCGGGCUUGGGAGGACCUAGCUAUCCUGGUGAACUCUCUCAGCUGAGGAAGGCAGACCUUUCUCGCCUCUCAGUGGCCAGGGCCCAGGAGCAGUGUAUAUGUCUGACCUCCUCCUGGCUCGGAAGUGGGUAAAAGAAGGGAACAAGGUUUGGACAUAUGGCAGGCCUGUGAUCCCUGGUCCAGCACAGCCAAAGACUGCCAGUUUGCCUUUGCUUGUCCUGUUGGGACAGAGGUACCUGCCAUGGGCAGAGAUAAUGGAGGUUUCUAGAAGCCCAGGUCUUAAUUGGUGCCUACUUGGGUUCUAACGGUUUUCAGGGUAUCUGUUUUCCAUACCUCUUGGGGUUUGAAUUAGGUGGUCCCUUUGAAAAUGCUACAGGUGGCUUGGCAUUCUUGCCUGAGCUGGGUGGCAGUAUCAGAGACCCCUUGGAUCUCUGGCUCAGAUUGUACUUGCAUCAAGAAGAUGCCAGUUUCAGAAUCUGCCCUGUGUACCUACCACUUCAGAACCUGCCUUCUCAGAAGUGACUGUUGUGCUGGUCAGUGGCCACCCGUUCCUCAUCUCCAUUCAGACAUCUGCAGCCCCAGUUCUGCCGGGCGGAUGAGUGAGGCAGUGCUGCUUUCUGCUUCAGGCCCUGAGUUCCCUGGGCGAGGAGAAUGAGCCACAGCUAGCUCCCUCUGCUGGGCCUCUCCUCCUGCACAGAGGCUCUGGUUCUCUGUCUCUUCCAGUUCACACAGCCAAAGAUCAGAAAUGAAUCCUUUGACUUACCACAGUCCAGGAAAAGCCAAUACUCUAUGGCACCCAUUGUGUGGCUGGAGAUUAGAGAAGGUCAUAGUGACCAACAGGAGUCAAACUUUGGCAUCUCUAGGUCAGGGGUCGGGUGGGGGGAGUCAAGAGGGUAAGGAGCCAGCCAUCCAGGAGGCUAGUUGGGACCUUGGUUUCCAUAGGAUGCAGGGAUAUUUUCUGGAAGCCUUGGGAAUAGGAGCCACAGGCUACUUCUAGGAUGGAUUUUUAUGGUGCCUAUGGGGUGUCUGUGAGUAAGUGGCAGAGACGGAUACUAAGGACAUCUUCUCAAGGGGUUGGUUGAAGAAGGACUACCUGUUGAUGAUAUUGUUGGCGGUGGGGGGGGGGGGCUGUGGAGCUAUGGAUCUGGCAUUCAGUAGCCAUGUCCUGGGGCAUGGCAUGUCUGAUUUCAGGGGAGUCUUAGGCCAUGGAUUUGUCUCUACUAAGAGACGUUGUCUAAGGAUGCUUGUUUGUGGGGCCUUUGGUGAUAAGCAAACUCCUUUUCACCAGAAGUCAUGUCUGUCCCUCUGAGUUGAUGGUAGCACUCAAUUCCUUCUCCGCCCAGGGGGAGAUACCACCUUCCCUUCACAGUAGACCUGGCCCGCUGGCUUGCCAUUCACUCAGAAGCACUGCCAAGCUCUCCUGAGCAGACGGACUCCCAUAAUCCUGCUUUCCAGGUUGGGACAGCCAGGUCUUCCAAGCACUGCUAGUCACAUGGUGUUUGGACCUAGGCCUUGGUCCUUGGGACUCACGUGACUUUUUGCUUGAGGUUCUGGCUGUUCCUCCUUCAAUGUUUGCAUCUUUUCCUCUAAACCUGCCUGGUAAGGUGCUUUCUGUGCGUAUCUUCCGAGUUCCUGUCCUUGGCCGUCUCUCCUUUGUGUGGCCCAUGUUCCCACCACUCCCCAGUGGGUUUCAUGGUCCUGGGCAUUGGAAAGCGAGAGGGCUCAAACCAUGGGGGUCCUUCCCCAGGACCAGCUGGAGACCUCAAACGUGAAACAGAAAUGCCUGGUUCAAAGCUUGGCUUCCCCUCCUCAUUAGAGUGCUCAGCUUGGGUGUGGCCUGCCCGAUUCAAGGAUCAACUUUGGGGUGAGGGGAUCUUGGUAGUGUUGUAGAGUCCCCUGUUCCUGUCCCAUCAUGGAGACCAUGCAUGCUGAGAGGCUCCCUUCAGGCACCUCAGCAGGGAGGGUGGGACGAAGGCAUUCUUUCCUCCAGAGGCAUGAGGUCUGACCACACCUUCUUUAUGUUGGUUAGGCUGGGGCAUUUCCUUUCCCUACUUUUCUAAAAUACUUAGAACAAUUUUUUAA